AUGGCGAACAGAUUCUUCAAUAAGACAGAAGACAUAGUCACAGAAAGCAUCGAAGGCUUGGUGGCAUCUCAUCCACAUCUCACGCGGUUAGAUGGAUUUCCUCAGGUAAAGGUAGUCAUCGAUAGCGAUGCAGACUCCAGCAGGGUGGCACUCAUAUCAGGAGGAGGCAGUGGGCAUGAGCCUGCACAUGCAGGCUAUGUGGGAAGGGGGAUGCUCACAGCGGCGGUGGCUGGCGACGUGUUCGCCUCGCCCCCAACAGAGGCAGUUCUUGCUGCCAUUCGCGCCGUCACUCACGCUCCCGGCGUCCUGCUUAUUGUCAAGAACUACACAGGGGACAGGCUCAACUUUGGGCUUGCCGGUGAGCAGGCCAGAGCCGAAGGCUACAAGGUUGAGAUGGUAGUGGUGGGGGAUGACUGCGCCCUUCCCCACAGCCGCAUCACUGGCCGCCGCGGCAUCGCUGGCACCGUGUUCGUUCACAAGGUGGCGGGUGCAGCGGCGGCGGCAGGCCACGAUCUGGCAGCCGUGCUGGCGGCAGCACAGUCAGCAGCGCAAAGCGUGGGCAGCAUGGGCGUCGCCACCAGUGUUUGUACCCUGCCGGGAGCUCAGCCUGCAGACCCACCCAGGAUUGGGGCAGGGGAGAUGGAGCUGGGCUUGGGCAUCCAUGGGGAGCCAGGCGCCUCUAAGGGGCCUCUGCUGCCUGUCGACGCCAUUGUCUCACAGGUGUUGGACCGCAUCACCUCCAGGGAGACAGGAUACCUGGAUGUGCAGCAGGGUGACAGGGUGGCGUUGCUGGUCAACUCGCUCGGAUCAACCACCCCCAUGGAGGUGUCAGUUGUGGCUCGCGCAGCGCUGAUCCAGCUCAGAGAUACACACAAGGUGACAGUGGCGCGGGUUUAUGCGGGCGCUUUCAUGACAUCCCUGGACAUGGCCGGCUUCUCACUGUCGCUGCUGCUGCUGGAUGAAGCGCGCACGGCCGCCCUCCAAGCCCCCACACAGGCGCCUGCUUGGCCAGCUUCCCAGGGAGAGCUGCCUGCUGAAAAGGCGCUAGUGCCGCUUCCGAGAGGACCGGAGGGCGGAGAGUGCAGCGGCAGGCCAGAAUCCCUGACGCCCUUUGGCGAGGCAUUGGAACGAGCGCUGCUGGCCGUCUGCGGCGCUGUCAUUGCUGCUGCGCCAGAAUUGGACGCCCUGGACUCCAGGAUCGGAGAUGGGGACUGCGGAUCGACACUGAAGAGGGGAGCCGAGGCAAUAAAGACUGCUGUGGGGACCUCCUUGCCCCUGAACGAUGCAGGGGCCGCCCUGAGGAAACUGGCCACCACGCUGCGUAUGAUGCUGACUUGGCCUCACACAUCAUACAUGUUCAAUUUGUGGACAUACAUGUCAUCUGUGCUGCUUGGAGCAGCAGAGGAAGGCCCAUCUGAUGAAACGUGGGGCGGGGUCUUUGGGGCGGCAGUGGCAGCACUUCUGCGCUAUUCUGGCGCAGCAGAGGGCGACAGAACAAUGCUGGACGCCCUCAUACCAGCCCAGAAGGGAUUUUCCAGCGCCCUGCAGCAAGGCAAACGGCCGGCGAUGGCUCUGCGGAGGGCGGCGGAUGCAGCAAUGGAGGGAGCCGAGAGUACCAAAUCCAUGGCCGCAGCUGCCGGCCGCUCCAGUUAUGUGCCAGAGGCUCUGCUGAGGGAUGUGCCCGACCCCGGUGCACGCGCAGUCGCCGUCUGGAUGGGCGCUCUUGCAGCCGUGACAUCUUGA